AACAUCACCAGACACAGGGACAGGAGACUGGUACAGAAGAGAGAGAGAUGUCGUCUGGGAUGUACACAGUGAAGUUUAUAUUGAGACCACGGAAAGAACUCGUGUGUAUAAGACUGAGGAGAAGACCCCAACAAGUCCUCCCUAUAUGCAAGUGACAAUAGAGGAUGUGCAGGUGAACUCUGGGGAACGUGCCAAAUUUCAGGCAGUCAUUGAAGGAACCCCUCAGCCCAUCGUUUUGUGGUUUAAGGAUGGUGACUCCACCACCUCCCUAGGCAGCCUCAACAGGAUACAUCAAGGGAAGGAAGGAACAACGUAUUUCUUACUUGUGGACAAUGCUACCUUGGAAGAUGGUGGUGUUUAUACCUGUGUUGCCAAAAAUGCAGGAGGGGAAGUUUUGUGCAAAGCAGAACUUACUGUACGUGAAGGUAAUGCCACUCUUUUAGCUAAAGACCAAGAAGGAAAGAAAAUGCCCACCAGGAGAAAGCUCCAUUCCCAUUAUGAGGUGAAGCAGGAGAUUGGAAGGGGCUGCUUCAGCUUUGUGAAACGAGUUGUACACAAAGGGAACAGGGUGUCUUGUGCUGCUAAAUUCAUACCUCUACGAAGCAAAACGAAGGCUCGAGCGCAUCAAGAGAGGGAUAUUCUUGCCUCUCUGUCCCACGACCGGAUUACCAGGCUCCUGGAUGAGUUUGAAACAAGAAAAACACUGAUUUUGAUUCUGGAGUUAUGCUCCAAUGAAGAGCUCCUUGACCGUUUAUUCAAGAAAAGUGUGGUCACUGAAGCAGAGGUCAAACUAUAUAUCAAGCAAAUUUUGGAAGGACUCAAAUACCUUCAUGACAGAAACAUUCUUCAUUUGGACAUCAAGCCGCUGAAUAUCCUCAUGGUUUAUCCUGAAAGGGAAGACCUGAAGAUCUGUGACUUUGGAUUUGCUCAGAAGAUCACACCCUUUGAGCCUCAGUUCAGCAAAUAUGGGUCUCCAGAGUUUGUUGCCCCAGAAAUUGUUUCUCAGUCACCAGUGUCAAAAGCAACUGAUAUCUGGGCUGUUGGAGUCAUCACGUAUUUAAGCCUCACAUGCAAGUCUCCAUUUGCUGGGGAGAAUGACAGAAAAACCCUUCUAAAUAUCCAGAAUGGGGAAAUCUCCUGGACCAUUCCUGAUGUUGUUCACUUGAGUGAAGAUGCAAAGGACUUCAUGAAAGGGAUCCUACAGCAGAACCCCACAGCCAGGCCUAGUGCUUUGGACUGUCUUUCCCACAAGUGGUUCAUGCAUAAUGUCCCCCUCGAAGCAGCUCAUUUCAUUAAUACCAAGCAGCUCAAAUUCAUUGUGGCUCGAAGCAAGUGGCAGCGGUCUUUAAUGUGCUAUAAAUCCAUCCUGGUAAUGAGGUCUAUCCCAGAAAUCCUUGAAAGGACUCAUGACAACAACUCCCUGGCCAUCUCCCGACACCUCAUUGAGGAAAGCACUUCAUCCAGUACCAGUGGCUCCUCUUCAGACAAUGAGAACUCUAAUUUCCCCAGGAAGAGGCACUUUGGCUCUACACCUGAACUGCACUCACCCAUGUUUGACAUGCCAACCCAUCAAGAGCCUCCAAAGUAUUCAAGUGAAGAGAAGCACUCCAAAAUCGCAAUCCCUCCAGUAAAACCCAUGAGGAGGAAGUAUGCUUCGAUGAGAGCUGAGGUGGGGGGUACAUCACCUACAGAAAGCAAAGAGCUCAUGGCAAGUAUCUUACAGGAGAAAGAGGAGGGGCUCCAUCCCAGUCUUCAAGAUGAAAGAGCAGAGCCAUCUCAAAGAAGUGGUUCUGCUGAGCCUUCAUCAGUGAGGACUUCCACAGAAAGCACAUUGCAUCUGCAUCAGAAAGGAAAACCAGACACAUCUUUAUCUGAUAAGGAGAGAGUUGAAAAGGCUGGGGAUGGGACAGAAAAGCCAUCUGCCUGUGUUCCUAGGCAGAGUGUCAUUAAAAGCACUUUCUACAGCCAAGCAACUGAGCUACCUGCAAGGGCACCUUCUUCACCAGGCAGGGAGUUCAGAAGGCACCUGGACAGAGCCAGAAGGACUUUCCGGAAAGCUGGAUAUUCAAAGGUUCCCCUCAGUGGUCUACGUGAACCCCUUCUAGAGCAGUUUGAACUGGAAGAAGAAGAAGAAGGAAACGAUCGCAGGGAAAGUCUGCUUGGAUCCUUGACCAAAUCAGCAUCAUUUGACACUGCCCGGAAACCACCACAUCCUGCCAUUGCUGGUGCCAGCCGAAGCCGUUCCCUGGAUGACUACAGGCUGAGAGCCUCAAGAUCAUUGAGGGAACAAGAUAUUUUGGAAGAAGACUCUGAUGUAUUGUCACAGGAAAGUUGUCCUGAAGGCAGUGACCACUGUGACAUUUCCAUGGGGCCUGGUAAGGGAUGUUCUGUAGACAUUUCAAAGCAAGAGGAUGUUAGGAGAGCCAGCAAGGAUUGUUCAGGAAAGCAGACCUCUCCUUCCACACAUUGUGAGGGUAAUGGGUGCCCAACUGCUUUUGUGCAACAGGUAGAGAGACUUCCAGUGUUACCUCAUAGGAGUGAAAAUAGGAAACAUUUACUAAAGAAGUCCAAAGCUACUGAGAUUGAGGAGGACAUUGAAGAUUUGGAAGGGAAAAGCCCCAUUCUAGCUGCCCAGUUCUCAGAUGUAACUACAUCAUCAGAUCAAAAACAUGAGAGCACAGAGGGUAAAUCUUCCUCUCGUUAUGCCUCUGACACUGCUUUUCAGGAGAGUGGAGAGUCUAUUUCAACCCUCACCCAGUCAAAGAGCACCUCCAAGUCAUCUCCUACAAGUAAAGGAGGUGUGUGUCUGCCCCAGGAGUCUGCUCACAGUACUGACAUCCAUUCAGACCAAAAAGGUGGAAGCUUGUUUAUCAAAAGGACAGCCCCAGUUCCACCUUGGAAGGACAAAAGGCAGAAACAUUCAGAUGAAGAAACUUCUGCUCAUAGCAUUGCUGAGUCUGAACCCAUGGAGCAUGAAACCUCUGCUGUUCCGACAGAACAAACAGAAACCGAUUCACUUCCAGUAUGUAAAGACAAAAGUCAUGAACUUCCUGGGCAAAGUGUUCCAGCAGCUACUGUCCUGGUGGGGAAACAGUCAGGUACCCUCACAGCUGGUGAAGGUACUCUUCAGAAGCUGAAGACCCAUAAAGAGGUGAGAUCUGCUGUGCUGGAGGAUGAAGGACCGGCCAUUACAGGAAUUACUCCACCAUCAGCCCAUAGUGGUGAAAGCCAAGCACACAAGAAGGCUGCUGUUCACACAGACACAGCAUCAGUCAUCCUGAAGGGAGAGCACCUCGCUAUUCCAGAAGUCCCACCACCAAAAUCAACGCUGACUUCAGUUUCCGAGGAAGCACAGCAGGCUGAAAGGAAACAGCUAGCUCACAGCAAGGACAGUCUUGCUGUUCUGAGGAGUGAAAGCUCAGCAGUCACAGAGGUUGUUCCCAGUUUGGCCUAUGAAGGAGCUGAACCUCAGAAAGUUCCUAAAGGUCACAGCAUGGUUUCUGCUGUUCUGGAAAGCAGACACCUGGCAACAACUGUGUCCUCUCAAAGCACUGUUCUCCCUUCAGUCCAUGAGAGUGAAAAACAACAUCCACCUCACAGUGAGAUGAGAUCUAUUGUGACAGCUAGUGGAAGCCAAGCAACUGGACAGACUGUGGCUACUUCUGUCCCCAAAGCUGGACAUCAGGUGUUUGAACAGCACAGGGCUGCCAGACCCAGUGAUGAGGUUUCUGAUGGUCUGGAGGGUGAGCAUCCAAGUGCCUUCACUGCUCAACAACCAGAAGUUGCUCCAGCUUCAGACCAUGAACUAGAAUGUGAGGAACAUCCAAAGGUUUAUGGUGAGGGUGGAGGCGUUGCCUUACAAAGUGGAAGAUCUGAUGCGGGAAAAGCUGUCUCACCGUCGCUCCACAAGUAUCACAGUCAGGAGGUCUCACAUCAUAGGUCUUCUUUUUACAGUGAUGAGGAGUCUGCCAUGCUGGAGGGCUUAGUGGAUGAGAUGGUUUCCCUCUCUGAAGAGAUGAAUGUUUGGGCAGAGUCAGUUUCUGGUGAGAAGGAAAGCAGAAAGCACGUUUCUCCUCCCACAGAGAUGUUCCACAAAGGCCCAGGUAGCCAAGAACCCAUGAACACCUCCUUCCCUACUGUACAAGGGGGUAAAAGAGAAAUCUUUGAGCACGAUGACCUUGAAGAACCCUAUCUUGUCCUGAGUGAGGAGUCAGGGGUACUGGAAGAACAGGGAGCACAGACAGCUCCUCAUGAAUGUGAACACCUGGACGACUUGGCGUUUGAGAGCCCCACCUCCAGCCGAGAGAGUGUUUCCUCAACAGAGAGCCUGGAUACUGGGAAAAGACUCAGUCAAGGUCCAGUAAGCAAGGACACUGGUAAACACCCUGAAGUUUCUUUAGUGAAAAUCAAAGACCUGUCAGAUGAAACACCCAGUCCUGGCAGUGGCCCUCAAAAAUUUGACAUAUCAGAGGUGGAACCUGCCUAUUUGAAUUUCUCUGACUUGUAUGACAUUGUCUAUUUUCCAUUUGAAUUUCUGUGCUACAAGAAGCCUUCACCCAAACCAGUUCGUAGACGGUUUAUACCUCUUGGUGAAAGGGCAAGGUCCCCUCCUUCAGGACAUCUGCAUAAGGAUAAAAGACUGUGCAUCAGGGAACAGGCAGAGGACAAGAACAGGAAGAACCGUUUGGAAAUAUCUGAGGAUUCAAAGGCAACUAAUUUAUUAGCCAUGGGGAAAGGGGCCGAGAGUCAUAAAGAAAAGCAUAGCUCCCAUAAGGACUCCAGUGGUAAGCAGAAAAGCUCCUUCAACACCAAACCAGGACUCUUUAAGCCAUAUGCAAGGUCUCAUUCAAUGGAGCAGUCAGUGGAGCAGAGUCUGAAGAAGAAAGUAAAAGCGUCUGUUGCCCAUAUUUCAAGAAUCCUGAAAGGAAAGACAUCUCCUGAGCCAGAGGGAGAGGAAGCCCCAUCAUUCACUGAGGAGCUCAUUGACCAGGCUGCUGCCGUCGGACAGUGUGUGACGCUGUCAUGCCGCACGGCAGCUCACUCCUCCCUGCACACCAGCUGGUUCAGAGAUGGGAUACCUGUCCACAGCAGCAGCCGGAUCCUCAUCUCAUCCACACUCAAACACUUCCAGCUGUUAACUAUUCUCUCUGUUAAUGCUGAUGAUUUUGGUAUUUACACUUGUGUGGCCACAAACUCCCUGGGCUCAGCAUCCACUUCUUGUGUCAUAAGAAAAGCAGAGGUUCCUCCCAGCCCUCCACCACCUGACAUCGUGGAGGUAUACAAGGAUGCAGUGCAGGUGGUUUGGAAACCUGUGGAAACCAACACCCCUGUUCAUUACACUAUCCAGUGCAAGAGUGAAGAUGGGGAAUGGACAACUCUUGCUUCUGACAUUGCUGACUGCU